AGCCGGCCGCGUCGGGGGCGGAGCCGCGGGGAGGAGGCGCCGGGCGGCCGCGCCGCGGGAUGUUCUGGAAACGCCGCGAGCGGCGCGUGUCCAGAGACCCGUGGCAACUGGUUCUCUAACUCGAGGAGCGGACCCUUCCGAGUGCCGGAACCCGCGAGGAGCUGCUGGCCCCGGGGGCGGCGGACCAGAAGACCCGAAAGCCCGGCCCAGAGCAGGACGUCACUGUUCUCUGUGACCAUGAAACUCCAGGGGUCCCUGUUGCUGAUGGCCUGGCUUGGUGUCCUGAGCUGCGUGCAGGCUGAAUUCUUCACCUCCAUCGGGCACAUGACUGACCUCAUUUAUGCAGAGAAGGACCUGGUGCAGUCCCUGAAGGAGUACAUCCUGGAGGAGGAGGCCAAGCUCGCCAAGAUUAAGAGCUGGGCCGACACGAUGGAAGCCGUGACCAGAAGGUCGGCUGCCGACCCCGAGGGCUACCUGGCCCACCCCGUGAACGCCUACAAACUGGUGAAGCGGCUGAACACGGACUGGCCUGCGCUGGAGGACCUGGUGCUGCAGGACUCGGCGGCAGGUUUUAUCGCCAACUUCUCUGUGCAGCGGCAGUUCUUCCCCACCGACGAGGAUGAGGUGGGGGCCGCCAAGGCCCUGAUGCGGCUGCAGGACACGUACAGGCUGGACCCAGACACGAUUUCCCGAGGGGACCUGCCAGGAACCAAGUACCAGGCAGUGCUGAGCGCGGACGACUGCUUCGGCAUGGGCCGCGCGGCCUACAACGAGGGCGACUAUUACCACACGGUGCUGUGGAUGGAGCAGGUGCUCAAGCAGCUGGACGCGGGGGAAGAGGCCACCACAGCCAAGUCCCAGGUGCUGGACUACCUCAGCUAUGCCGUCUUCCAGCUGGGGGACCUGCACCGCGCCCUGGAGCUCACCCGCCGCCUGCUCUCCCUGGACCCAAGCCACGAACGAGCUGGAGGGAAUCUGCGGUACUUUGAACGCCUGUUGGAGGAAGAAAGAGAAAAAGUGUCAUCAAACCAGACCGAAGCUGAGCUCGCAGCCCUGGACGGCGUCUACGAGAGGCCCGUGGACUACCUGCCCGAGCGGGAGGUGUACGAGAGCCUGUGUCGCGGGGAGGGCGUCAAGCUGACGCCCCGCAGGCAGAAGAGGCUCUUCUGUAGGUAUCACCACGGCAACGGGGCCCCCCAGCUGCUCAUCGCCCCCUUCAAGGAGGAGGACGAGUGGGACAGCCCACACAUCGUCAGGUACUACGACGUCAUGUCGGACGAGGAAAUCGAGAGGAUCAAGGAGAUCGCAAAACCCAAACUCGCACGGGCCACUGUUCGUGAUCCCAAGACAGGCGUCCUCACUGUCGCCAGCUACAGGGUUUCCAAAAGCUCCUGGUUGGAGGAGGACGAUGACCCUGUGGUGGCCCGAGUGAACCGUCGGAUGCAGCACAUCACGGGGCUGUCAGUGAAGACUGCGGAGUUGCUGCAGGUUGCUAAUUACGGAAUGGGAGGACAGUACGAGCCACACUUUGACUUCUCCAGGAAACAUGAGCGAGAUGCUUUCAAGCGUUUAGGGACGGGGAAUCGUGUGGCCACAUUCUUAAACUACAUGAGUGAUGUAGAAGCUGGAGGUGCCACUGUCUUCCCUGAUCUGGGGGCUGCAAUUUGGCCUAAGAAGGGCACAGCCGUCUUCUGGUACAACCUCCUGCGGAGUGGGGAAGGUGACUACCGAACGAGACACGCGGCCUGCCCCGUGCUCGUGGGCUGCAAGUGGGUCUCCAAUAAGUGGUUCCAUGAACGAGGACAGGAGUUCUUGAGGCCUUGUGGAUCAACAGAAGUUGACUGACGUCCCUUUCUGUCCUUCCCCUUCCUGGCCCACUGCCCAUGUCAUCUGCAAGUUCAGUGUGGCAGACACCUUGUAUGUUCCAGUUCUCAGGAGUGUCUCUGGAGGAGUCCGUGUUUGGAGCGGAGCGGGACCGUAGUGGGGCCGGUCCCGCAUGCCCAGGGUCCCGGCCUCUCCGGGCAGCCCGUGCCGUCUCUGGCCCAGAGGGAGGGUCCAAGCGGCCGUGGCAGAGUGAGGCUGGGCAGCACCUGGCCAGGUGCCUUUGUACCUCAGAUGUUUAGGUGUGAGAUGUUUCAGUGAACCAAAGUGCUGAUACCUUGUUUACAUGUUUGUUUUUGUGGCAUUUCUGUUAAUUGUGGCUUUAACCAAAAAAUAAAAUGUCCCUGCCAGAAGCCUUAAA